GGAGACGACGUGCUGGUGAAGAAGAGAGAGAAGAAGAGAGAGGACUGUGAACCUGCUGCCACACACAACUCUCACACAGACACACACUCUCUAACACACACACACACGGACUGAGAAUGGGAGCCACCUAUGGAAAGAAGAAGGCGUACAGCAUCGGCCACGAGCCUCCUCCCAAGCAGCAGUGUGUGAAGCAUGGAAAGCACCCAGACGGCAGAGCCUCAGCUUACGCAGACCUGCAACAACACCGGUCUGAGGGUAUCCACAGGAAGUCGUCCCCGGCGUCCGGCUAUGUCCCCCAACCUGACUACCAGGAAGACGAGGAGGACGAGGACGACCUCAUCAAGCCCAAGAAACUGUUGAAUCCUGUGAGAGCGUCACAAAGUCACCAGGACCUUCACCGAGAGCUGCUGAGCAGCUGCAAGAGAGGGGGGGUGCGGGUGGAGACGAAGCCGGAGCUGCACCGAGUGCUGGAGUCCAGGAAACGAGAUCAGCUGAUCAAACAGAGGAAACAGGAGGACGACGCCCGCAAGAAGGUCUCACCUCUGGAGGCGGAGCUACUGAAGAGACACAGGAAGCUGGAGGAGAUGGAGAAGCAGGAGCAGAAACAACAGGAAGAAAACCUGAAAGCUCCGGAGUUCGUCAAAGUCAAAGAGAAUUUGAGACGGACGUCUUUUCCAAGUAAAGAAGAGAAGGACGUGUAGAGACACAGCUGCUGUCCUCCAGAGGACAUGAAACUGACAACCAGGUUGUCUACAUGUUUACAGGGGACAUGCUGAGGACACGCUGAGAACACACUGUCCAGAUGUGGACAGCUGUGACGUCUCACUGUUCUGACAGGGGGAUAAAUGGUGGACACACCUGGUGAACAGGGGACAUGGUGUUUGACCUCGUCUCUGCUCGUCACAUGGUCUGUGAUGGACGUGCACAGUAGUGUUAGAAAAUCUGUUUACUACAAACAUCUGAGCUGAGGCUCAUGGGUACUGUAGUGCUUAGAGGAACAGUCAGAACCAUGAACUGUAAACAAAGCCGGACGCUGCCAUCUUGUGGUGAUGACGUCAUUUGCAGUCAGAGUUUGUGCAGUAGUGUUCGUGGCGUGGAGCCCUGUGUUGAGGUCCCGCCCACACACACUCUCUACCAAUCAGGAGUCAGUCUCAGCUGUCAAUCAUCACGUCUCAGCCUGUUUUCAUAUCAUCGAAUAACUGAUUCAAAUCAAACUGAUCAGAAACUUGAACAAACAUCAGAGAGAAGAGAACGAGCUGAAACGACAGAAACAUCUUAACAAACAUUUAUUUAACUUCUACUUUGAUUCUUUAGUUUGGUUCAUGUCCCGUCUGCUAACAUGGAGGAGGAGGGGUUACGACCUAUACUGCAGCCAACCACCAGGGGGUGAUUGAGAGGACAUCUUAUUUACAGUCUGUGUUCUCUCACAUAGAGAAAAAUAAAGUGGCCUAUGUUGCCAAGAUGGCGGAGUCCUGCGGCGGCCCAUGUGUCCCAUGUGUCCCAUGUGUCCCAUGUGUCCCACUUGUUUUGACGUCACCUUCCUGGGUGUUUAUUCUGAAACAGUUGGUGUGAGUUUGAAUGACUUGGUGAAGAAGAACUUCACAUAAACACAAGAUUCAUUUUUUUAUUGUAAAAUAUUAAUGUGUUUAAUGUUAAUUAUAACAACAUAUAUUCUUUGAAUCACAAAAUAUAAUUGACUAAAUAUGAUCAAUGAAUGUAAAUUAAAUUUUUUAUAUUUUUUUAAUUCUGACAUGUUCAGUUCUAGUCACAGAAGUUAAUGAUUAAAUGUUGUAAUCGUUAAUAUGAUGAAAGACAUUACAUCGUCAUUAUAUAAAGAAUUAUUGUUGGACAUUCUUAAGUUUUACUAAAUUUCGUCAUAGUGUUCUCAUAAAAUAUAAACAAUCAUAAAUUAUAAACUUGAAACAAUCGUUUUGUGUCUUCAAUAAUGAGAUUUCAUUUGUCACCAUUCGUUGUGUGCGUGAAGUUGUGCCUCAUUCUCGUCAGGGUCACAUGAUUGGUUGAUGACAUCACAUUCCUGAACACAGACGUGUCAGUGAGUCAGACAGAUGAACAUGCUUAUUCAUGAUUGAUUAUUGAUAAUUUAACAUAAUGUAUUAACUGGUUAAAUCAUCUGAAGUUUGAAUCUUUACACUGAAACUGUGUGAAAAAUAA